ACUUUGCUUUGUUUGGUUUCAUUUUUUUUUUCUUCUGCGGCUCCUAUGUGACGGACAGAACGAUUAUACUCUAUUUGGUUUAGUUUCCUAGAAACAGAAGAAUAAUUUUAAAAUUUUUCCUAUUUGGUUCUUGAAGUGAAAAUAGAGCCGGAGAUUUGAUUUUGAAAACCGUGUUCAAAUUAUGAAAUUCAAAAUCCAAAUUUCUUUAACGUUCUUCCCUUUCCCGGGGACCAAAUAGAAUCUUGUUACUUGUCUCCAUUUUUCUGGAGCUAAUGGUGUUAUAUUGUGUGAGCUUUUCUUUAAUUUGUUGAAUUUUAGUGCUUUUUAACUGGUAUUCAGCGGAACUAGUGACUUUUAUUUUUAUUUCUAUUACCUUGGAUUUGUGCGCGAUAGCGAAGAUGGAUUACUUGAGUAUUGAAUUUUGGGAGUAAUUUUUUUUAGGCGAAUUGUUUAAAUGAGAUUUUCCAUCUUUCAAUGGAAUAUCAUGUUCACACUGGGAAAAACACGUUCUUAUUUGUUGCCACUUUUCAAAUUUGGAAGAUGUCGAUUGAGGAAGGUGAAGCAUUCUAUCGUAGCCUUUCGAGGAAAGAGCUUCAAAGUUUGUGCAAGAAAUAUGGGUUGCCUGCUAGGAAGUCAAGUUCUGAAAUGGCUGGAUCAUUGUUCUCUUUCUUUCAGAAUGAUUUAAGUUUCGCAUCCUUAGGCAAGAGCAGAGGUGGGAUCCAAGAUGUUUUACUUUCUCCAUCUCCAGUAACAAACUUUCAGACUAAAGCACCUUUCAGUUUGACAGGAAAUGUAACAAAAGAUAGCUUUAGGCAAAGAUCUUAUACUAGAGAAAUAGGUAAUAAAGGAAAUACAAGCACCAAAUGCAAUGAAAUGGAAAGCUGCAUGGGACUCAGACCUUAUGACAAGGAAGCUGUUGGUUGCUCAAUUGAUUAUUUUCAGGAUCCAUCCCAGUCUCAAAUUAUUGCGCAAAGUGCUUGUGGCGGUCUCAUCCAUAAGGAACCCUCAUCAAGCCUCAGUGGCAGGGAGGAAGAUACACCCCAGUUUCAUUGUGGACAAAUGAAUAUAGGUGUCUGUCCUAUAAAGAAUGCCUCUCCUACUAGAACCUAUAGAAGAGCUCCUGCUUCUUUUGAAUUUUAUGUCAGUUCAGAGGAGGGAAUCAAACUCUCUGUUGAUUUGAAUUCUAGCCCAUCGGACUGGAUUAAGGACUACAAAAAUCAGGUUUCUUUAUGUAGGCAUGUGGACAGUACCACAUCUCGAAGUCUUUGUAAAGAGCUUGGGUGCAUUGGAGAAAGUGAUAAUACACAGGUAAAAGGUUUCUUUCCUCAAAGUGUCGGUCCUGGUGAAAUCAAGGAUGGGUAUGUACAAGCUAAAACUUCACCGAGUUUUGUUAUGGAAAACAAUAUAGAGAUUGAUGAAGGUAAUAAAUUGGUAAUGAUCUUGCCAACAAGACAAUGUAGUGUAGAGGGAUUGGAAUGCUUAGGGGAAGAGCAGGGACCUAUCUCAUCUAAGCCUAGUGCUGAUGUUCAGAACCAGAACCAGAUAAUUUCCAUUACAGAAUCCUGCACCAAGAAUGUCUAUGCUGCUAUUCUUGAUUCAGAUAUUGCUGAUACUCCUACAGAAAAGACAGCCUGCAAUUUUGCUGUUAACUCCAUAUCUGAUGGCUCGGUAGAUCUUAUUGCAAAUGAGCAUCAUAAUUUGAAGCACGGUGAUGAAAUGUGUGAGAAUUUGACCUGGCAGAACAGUAGUGAUCUUGAGAAUAAUUGUAGUGUCUUUCCUGGACGCCUGGCCAGCUGUUCUACAGAAAUACAGUUGUCAGAAGCUGGAAAUUACCACAAAGACACGUUAUCUUUACCCAAUAAAAAUGGUGGAUUCGUGGGUCUGGAUGAUUCAAACCACAAUGCAGGAAAUGAGCAAGCUACAUUAGCCACAUUAAGUGAGAAUAACCAUUGUGGGAACCAUUUGCCUACGUGCUCUGAAGAGCAGGAAUGGAACAAUAUUGUUAAUGUGAUAGAGACUUCAAUAUGCUCACAAGUUGACAACUCAGUUGAGAAAACUUGUUUAAAGUUUGAUAAUCAGGGAUCGAAUGAAGAAUUUAGCAGAAAGAGGCCAUUUGCAGGCAAUGAAUGUCAAAAUAGCUGUAGUAAGCAUGACACAAAAUUUUUAAGAAGCAUGAUGCAUUCAGCCGGAGAAGCUCUUCCCAGAAGAUCCAUGCGGCUUGUCUCUAAGGAUUGGAAGGAAGCUCUUGCAGAUCCUAAGUGAGAAGGAAGCAAUGAUUGAAGAGAUAAAAGCACUGGCAAAAAAUGAGACUUGGGAGCUUGUCACUCUUCCACCUGGGAAGAAACUUGUUGGCUGCAAAUGGAUGUUCAUUGUGAAACACAAAGCAAAUGGAAUCAAUUGAAAGAUUUAAAGUUAGACUAGUGGCUAAGGGAUACACUCAAACUUAUGGAGUGGAUUACCAGGAGACAUUUGUCCCCUGUUGUCAAAAUGAACUCAAUUAGAGUAUAGUUAUCUUACGUUGUCAACCUUAAUUGGGAUCUCUAACAAUUUGAUGUGAAAAAUGUAUUCCUCCAUGGAGACUUGGAGGAGGAAGUGUAUAUAGAAAUCCCUCUUGAAUUAGCUGAUUAAAAAAAAGGAAAGGUGUGCAGGCUAAAGAAGGCUUUGUAUGGGUUGAAACAGUCACUUAGAGUUUGGUUUGAAGCAGUCACCCAGAGUUUGGUUUGAUCGAUUGAGUAGAGCUAUGAUUUCUUUUGGCUAUCAAUAGAGCUAUGUUGACUCUACUCUAUUUAUCAGACAUCACAAGGAUAAAAUUACUCUCUUUAUAGUCUAUAUUGAUAACAUAAAAUUACUCUCUUUAUAGUCUAUGUUGAUGACAUAGUAAUUUAUCAGACAUCGCAAGGAUAAAAUUACUCUCUUUAUAAUCUAUGUUGAUGACAUAGUAAUAACAAGGAUGACACUGAAGAGAUGAUUCGGCUGAAAAAGUUUUUGGUUUAGGAGUUCGAAAUUAAAGAUCUAGGAAAACUGCAAUAUUUUCUGGGAAUCGAGGUUGCCAGGUCAAAGAAGGGAAUCUUUAUUUCUCAUAGAAAAUAUAUUCUAGAUCUUUUAUAAGAAAUUGGUAUGUUAGGUUGCAAAUCAGUUGAAACUCCCAUUGAGAGCAUUUACAAGCUACAAGCAGGAGUUGGUGAAUUAGUGGAUAUGGGCGGAUAUCAAAGGUUGGUAGGCAGACUGAUUUAUCUUUCGCAUACUCGACCAGACAUAACAUAUGCAGUCAGUUUAGUCAGUCAGUCUAUGCAUGAUCUUGUGAGUCUCACAUGCAAGCUAUUUUCUGCUUCUGGAAAAAGUCUCUGAUUCUCUAAACAUGAUCAUCUUUGCAUGCAUUAAUUCACAGAUGCAGAUUGGAAUGGAUCCUUUGACGAUAGAAGGUCAACUAAUGAUUAUUGUACACUUCUGGGAAGAAACCUUGUUACUUGAAGAAGUAAAAAAACAAAGCGUUGUUACUCGAUCAAGUGUUGAGGUGGAAUAUAGAGCGAUGAUAUAAGGUGUUUGUGAAAUUUUAUGGUUGCAGAGAUUGUUAGAGAAAUUGAAACUAUUGGAGAGAGACAAACUCCUAUUGUACUAUGACAAUAAAGUUGCCAUCAGUGUAGUUCAUAAUCCGGUUCAACAUGACCGAACGAAAUACAUAAAGAUUGAUUGACACUUCAUUAAAGAGGAGUUAAUAAAUGGUGUUUUAAGAUUAGAUCAUAUGACUUCCGAUGAACAGGUAGCUGAUGUGUUUACCAAAGGGCUCAGCAAUAAAAUCUAUCAUUUGCAAGUUGAGCAUGUGUGAUAUCUAUGCACUAAUUCGAGGGGAGUUAGAAGUGAGUUCGAGAAAUGCUGGCUACACCACUGGGAUUGGCAAAUUUGGCAUUAUUGAGUCGACAACUCUUCUGCAUAUGAGGUUCUACUUCUGCAUUCUCAGGAGAGCAGUAGCAGUUAGAAAGCCAACCUACAAGGCGUUCACAAGGUAUUCUACAAGGUGUUAAAAGCCUUUGUAAUUUCUCUUCUCUUUCCUUAUAGCAGUUAGAAAGCCAAUCUAAUUUAAAUAUAUAAUAGUAAGUAGUACAUAAUCAAUGGGUGGUAGUUUCUGAUGUUUUAUACAAUUAUUUGUAUUAACUUAUUUUUUGAGGAAUCAAUCCCUGCUUUGAAUAUUUAUUUAUUUUUUGGAUCUUUUGCGACAUCCCAAUUCUUUUAUGCAUUCUAAAAAGGAUUCUUCUGUUCUAUUUAUGUGUC